AUGAAUGAAGCUCGAGCACGGAUUCUAAUAAACCUGAGACAGACUAUAGACCCACUGUUGCGAAUUUUCGGUGGUGGUUCGCAACACCCGCCAUCUAUGGGAUUCGUAUUCGAUGUAGCCGGACAGCAGAUACCAAUUCAGAAGACGUCGUUAACCUAUGGUAGCGUUGGUAAGAUGAUCGAAGACUUUAGCAUUGUUUUUGGAGUUCCAAAGUAUCGCACCAGCAAGCCUAAGAAGGUCACUCGCAAGUUCUCAUUCACUCGUCUUCUUCAACCUAUUGAUAAUCUAGUUACGUGUCCAACUUGCUCAAACAUUCAUCCGUCAGAUACCAUCUGUAAUGCCUGUUACGCAAAAAUUCAUGCACUGACUACGGAGAUCAAGAAGAAGAUGAUGAAUUACAAUCCAUAUGUGUUUGUCAGGUUUAAAGGAGAGCCAGAGGCACCAGCUGCAGUUGUGAAAGGGAAACGUGUUCUGGAGAUCGACAGUGAACGACCGACGUGGUUCAAAAAGUUGACACUAAAAGAAUAG